GCUUUUGCUUGCCCUGCGCGCGCCCGCCUGGGACUGCAUCACCGAUUGCUCCAAUUGGGCACGGUUCUGGGGCCCGGACGCCGAUCACGUGCAGCGGUGCCUCCCUGCUCAGGACAGCACAGUGCGCGGACCAAUCCUGUUCGCACCGCGGCAAGCCCAUCAGCAAUUCACCUCGCACGCGACAACGGCUGCCCUGGCAGACAGAGCACAGCGUCCACACGCCUUAUACGCCGAUCAUUCCACCGCGCAAUAUGUCGGAUUCAGACACAGGCAAUCUCCCUUCGGAGGCGACCAUCUCCCGCGCCCUCCGCGAUACUGUCAUUGCUAUACACAAGUCGGGCAACACCGAUGACCUCACGGUCAAGCGCGUCAGAACGAGAGCCGAGGAGCAGCUUGGACUGCCGGCGGGCUUUCUCAAGACGGACACAAGCUGGAAGAGGAAGAGUCACAACCUCAUCCAUGAGGCAGUAGGGAAGUACUGCACCGACGAGCCAGUGGCCGAACCCCCGGCCGCUCCGCUCAAGAAAUCUCCAAAGCCCAAACCUGUCGUCCGGAAGAAGGCGAAAGCGGUCAGCGAUAGCGCGCGCGGAGCAAAGAGGAAAGCAGCGGCACCAGCGACAAAGCCUAAGAAGCGAAGGAAGACGGUAUCCGCAGAGAACGAGUCAGAAUCUGCGCUUUCAGACGUGCCGGACGAGGACGACGCACUUUCCGAUGCAGAAAACGAACCCCCAAACAAGCCUACGCGUCGACGGAAGAACAUAGUGGCGGGGGAGUCAGACGAAGACAGAGAUACGCCAAAGAAAGGGACGGGAAAGGGUAGAGUGGACGCCGACGAGAGUGAGAAAGAAGCAGAGACUGCGCCAGCGGUGAAGCAGCCUGAACCAGAGACCCGGCAGACACCGCCUGCGGACACAAAGGACAAUGUCUCUGAAAGCGAGCUGUCGAGCCUCCUUGACGAGUCGCCAAUGAAGAAGAAGCGGCAAAAGAAGUCACUGUCCGAGAAACGCGGCAAGGAGCGAAAGCCGAAAGAGUCUAAGCCGACCAAAUCGAGAGCCAAGCCAUCCAAGGCGAAAGCGGAUGAUGAUCCAGACCAAGCAGAGAUCAAGCGAUUGCAGGGCUGGCUCGUAAAAUGCGGCAUCCGCAAAGUGUGGUCGAAGGAGCUUGCAAAGUGCGACACCCCCAAAGAGAAGAUUAGACAUCUCAAAGGCAUGCUCGACGAUGUCGGUAUGGAAGGCAAAUAUUCUAACGAGAAGGCGGCGCGAAUCAAAGAGCAACGGGAGUUUGCGAAGGACUUGGAGGAGAUUCAAAAAGGCGCAAUGGCCUGGGGCAAGACUGAGGAGGCGGAGGCCGGCGGGAGGCCUAGACGGAGGUUGAAUAGGGGCAUCCAGCGAGCGGCAGUAGUCAAGAAAGAUUCCGAUUCCGAUUCAGGCGAAGAUGAGGAUGCUUCAGAUGAUGCCGAGGACGAGGAGGUAAAGCCUGAAUCAGAGGACAAUGACGAUGACGGGGACGACAGCAAUGAAUCAGAGUAGGGGGUAUGUUUUGCUCCUCUUCCGGGCACAGGGGUAAUGUUGAAGUCUCAAGAAGAGUCACAGCAUUAGACAAAUUGUCGUAUUGUGUGGCCAGAGAGCUGUAUUCCAUGAUACCCGUAUAGCAUAUCGCUCAGUCGACUAAGGCUUCACCAAGUUUUGCAAGUAAACAUGCCUCUAAGCGCAAAAUCUUCCGCCUUCCAGUCUCUUGAUAUUACGUUUUGUCGCAGGCGUCCGGAG